AUGAUUUGCGCUAGUGCCGUUCAACUGACGACGGAAGGUACUACACGAAUGCAACAAAUUUGGAUAGCAGAGUACUUACUGGCUUUGAUAGCCCAACUGUUUCUUUAUUGUUGGCACAGUAAUGAAGUAUCACUAAUGAGUCUAUGUGUAGAUGACGGAGUAUAUGCAAGUGCUUGGUGGUGCCAAAAUGUCAGAGUCCGUCGCAACGUGCUACUUCUCAUUGGAAAACUGAGGAAGAAAAUUAUCUUCACUGCUGGGCCAUUCACCACUCUGUCUGUACCUACUUUUAUUGCGGUGUUGAAAGGAUCUUAUAGCUAUUAUACCUUGCUAAGUAAAAAAGAAAAU